AGAUUCGCAACAAUAGCAACGCAACAGCGUCGGCAAACACCGAUGGUGGUGGUGCGACAGGUGUUCAGCAACAGUUCCCAACGCCGGUUGUUGAUCCGCAGCGAUCGUGCAGCAAGGAUGGAGCGAACGCGAAGGAGGAUCGACCCGUUGGAAUGGCUGGUGGGACACUGCGUUGCUUCUGUCCGUGCAAGGGCACGAUCAGCAAACUGAUGGGCAGGAAGUAUGCCGCUACCAGCAAGGAGGUUCAGAGUCAGCGCACCACCAAGUGGUAUGUCAAGCCCACCUGGCGGUUAUGGGGCGAAGAGCGCGAGGAGAACGCCAUCUAUACGGUUUACCUUAAGAAGGUCCGGUACCAUCGACCAACACCCAGUGCCAGCAGCCAAGAUUCCGACGAUGAAAUAUCGCACCUGGAGUGGGAAACCGUACGGGUGCGGUUCGUCAAGGCGGCUACCUUAUCGCGGCUGGUCGAUGCCCUCGCGACCGACGACGGCGAGCUCGAGAGCACGUUCGUGAACGUGUUCCUGAACACCUACCGCACCUUUGCCCAGCCGGAAAAGGUGCUGGAGCUGCUGCUCGACCGGUACGAGAAGCUGCACGCCGAGCCGGCACUACUGCAGCCCGAGUCCCUAUCGGACCAGCACAAGAAAACUCUAGUCUCUGUUCUUCACGUGUGGCUCGAUGGGUUCCCCGAGGAUUGGGACACGGACAACUUGCAACGAUUGCUAGCAUUCACCUCAAAGCGUUUGCCAAAAUCGGAAAUACAUAUGAAAGCUUUAAAUAGUAAGCGAUUAGCGUCUUUUUUCCCUUUUGGAAUUACUCGCCAACUUGGAACUUUUGCAUCUCCCUUCCGCAGGUUUACACAUAGGUUAGAUAAGUACAGUAGAAUACCACCACCGCUGCCAUGGUCCAACGAUUAUCACGAUUUCGCCGACCAGUUCGGUGGGCUCUGUCUGACACCCGCAUUCCGUGGUCCACCGUCCCACCUGCUUAACUCGUACCGCUUCCCCAACAUUCCGGUGAAACACUUUGCCGAGCAGCUGACCCGCAUGGACAUGGAGCUGUUCAAGCGGCUCAUACCGCACCAGUGUCUCGGUGCGAUCUGGUCUAACCGGGACAAGCACGAGAGCAGUUCGGUGCUGGCAACGGUCACCCAAUUCAAUGCGGUCUCGUUUCGCGUCAUCUCGAGCAUACUGAUCGAGCCGCGGCUAAAGCCACAGGAACGGGCCCUGCUCAUCUCGACGUGGAUAGACAUUGCGCAGGAGUUGCGAUUGCUGAAGAACUUCUCCUCGCUGAAAGCGAUCAUCUCCGGUCUGCAAUCGAACGCAGUCUACAGACUAUCGAAGACGUGGGCCGUAUUGCCACGGGAUAAGUUGGAGCUUUAUAACGAGCUGGCGCGGAUAUUCUCCGAAGACAAUAAUGCGUGGGCACAGCGGGAGGUGCUGAUGCGCGAGGGAACGGCCAAGUUUGCGGAUACCGUCGGCGAGAACGAUCGGCACUUGCAGAAGGUGUUCCAGAAGCAGAACACGCUCAUCAGCCACGGAACGAUACCGUACCUUGGCACAUUCUUAACCGAUCUGACCAUGAUCCAUGCUGCCAUUCCGGACACGUUACAGGACGGAUUGAUUAAUUUCGACAAGCGUCGGAAAGAGUUCGAGGUGUUGGCACAGAUCAAGCUUCUACAAGGAGCCGCUAAUACGUACCACUUGCCGGACGAUCCACUGUUCGAUCGAUGGUUCGCGUCGUUGCUUGUGUUGGACGAACGAGAAGCACACACGCUGAGCUGUUCGCUAGAGCCGGCGCCUGAAAUGACUAAGCGACCACCAGCACAACAUCCUGGUGGUGGCGCAGGAGGAGGAGGAGGAGGUGGAGGAACUCCGGGACAUAAGAAGAGCGAUUCGAUAGCGUCGAACUCAAGCAGCGGAGCAGGUUCCCAGUUCUACUGUGAUAUUAACAGCACAUCAAACGCAAGUUCACGCAACAACUCCCUCGAUCGUGAUGCUACUCCACCGAAUGCUUCGAUCUUGUCAGCCGCUAGUAGCGUCUCGUCGCUAUCGAUGGACUCCACCACGUCCGGCAGUCAACGUUCGAACCAUAAUGGAGGUGUUGGCAGUGUGCGGACUCCACAGUCAAAUCGAUCGCAAUCCAACGGUACGGUGGCGAACCGAAGCGCUAACGGUGGUGCCCGAGACCUCGAAACACCCAUCAUCAACGGGCAGCUGGUGCAAAACUCGCCGCUCAAGAGUAGCUCACCCGACUUCUACAUCAUCAAGGUGACGUACGAGACGGAACAGGUCGAGCUGGACGGAAUCGUGCUGUACAAGAGCAUCAUGCUUGCGAACAACGAACGUACGCCGCAGGUCAUCCGGAACGCGAUGCUUAAGCUCGGCCUUGAAGGUGAUCCAGAUCGCUACACCCUGGCACAGGUGCUCCCCGACAAAGAAUUGCUGCUUCCGAACAAUGCAAACGUGUACUACGCAGUCAACACUGCGUACAACCUGAAUUUCAUCCUGCGACCGAAGAAGGACACUACGGGUAGUAGCUCCUCGGUGCCGAGUUCCACCGGUCGUCCCUAGGACGGUUAUCGUCACGUAAUCUCAACUCGCUCGCGCGAGAUCCAGCAGCAAUUGUACAUUUAUUUUAAGCCUAGUGAAUAUUAUGGAAUUGGACGUUUUGUUGCUUGUUUUUAACCCAACGAUACCAUUCUCUAUAUCGCGUACCAUACGUAUCCAGUUAGAGUAUUCCUUCGUACACCCACACACUCACAUACAAGCGUGCCGUUUUGUGGUGUGGUGUGGAUAUUUUAUCUUAGAUUCUAUAAGACGCUAAGAAGUCGAACAUUUAACACGUAAGUAAGCAGCGGUUCAGGUUUUGAAGCUGAAUUGACCCAAAGGGAAAACAUAUGGUAUGCAUCAACACACAUCCACAACAAGGAACGGUGCAGUAUAACUGAAGGUAUUAAUUAGGGGUGAGAAAACGUCAACAAAUUGUAACGAAACUUUUCAACAUACAACUAACACAAGACUAGACAGGGAUGGAUACAGUAAGCCAAGAACCUCUACCUUCUACCAGGUGCCGUUGAGGAUGAGAUUUUUGAAGCGUUUAUUUCUUCCGUGUUUUUCGCAAGAUUUUUGAACCGAUGUUAGUCCUCCGAUAGCACGUCCUAGACUAGGUUGAGGUAAUCGACCGUAUUAGUGUUGAAGUUCCGUGCAACAGGGGGUACUAUUUCUGGAUCUAUACAACAGAAAGCAAGUGGCAUCGAACGUGUGCGUGUUUUAUUCCUACCCAUGCACGCAACAAGUAUUUUACUAGGUUAUUAAUAAACUGAAAACACAACUAUUC